AUGAGUUUCCAUAAGGAGGACGGAGUGAGCAGCCUGUGCCAAAAGGCACUGCACAUCGUCACGGAGCUGUGCUUCGCGGGCCAGGUGGAGUGGGAGAAAUGCUCCAGCAUCUUCCCCCCGGACGGGGGCAGCCAAGGCGGAAGUAACACAGAUAUUUCAGUCAGCCUGUUAGCAGUUGUUGUCAGCUUUUGUGGCCUGGCCUUGUUGGUUGUUUCACUUUUUGUCUUCUGGAAGUUAUGCUGGCCUUUCUGGAAGAGCAAACCCAUGACUUCCAAUGUCAGUACCCUUCCACAGAGCAUGUCAAGUGCUCCCACUGAAGUUUUUGAGACUGAAGAGAAAAAAGAGAUUAAAGAAAAUGGAGAACCAGCACUAAAAGUUAUUGAGCCUGCAAUAAAAAUCAGCCACACUUCCCCUGAUAUCCCAGCCGAAGUCCAAACUGCUGUAAAAGAACCUUUAGUUAAACAUGCACGUGUGCAAAGACAAACAACUGAGCCUACAUCUUCAUCCCGACACAAUUCCUUCAGAAGACACCUACCAAGGCAAAUGCAGGUUUCCAGUGUUGAUUUGGGCAUGGGCACAGAACCCAUUUUACAAAGAGGAGAAACAACCACCAGCAUUGGGAGAAUAAAACCAGAACUCUACAAACAGAAAUCAGUGGACUCUGAGGACGACAGGAAAGAAGAUGUCAAAACCUGUGGGAAGCUUAAUUUCACCCUCCAGUAUGAUUAUGAAAAUGAACUUCUAGUGGUGAAAAUUAUCAAAGCCUUAGAUCUCCCUGCUAAAGACUUCAUGGGAACUUCUGACCCUUAUGUGAAGAUGUAUCUUCUUCCAGAUAGGAAAAAGAAAUUUCAGACUCGUGUGCACAGAAAGACUUUAAAUCCUCUAUUUGAUGAAACUUUUCAGUUUCCUGUAGCAUAUGAUCAACUAAGCAACAGAAAACUACAUUUCAGUGUGUAUGAUUUUGACAGAUUUUCUAGACAUGACAUGAUUGGGGAAGUGAUUUUUGAUAAUUUGUUUGAAGCCUCUGAUCUCUCCAGAGAAGCCACAGUAUGGAAAGAUAUUCAUUGUGCUACCACAGAAAGUAUAGAUCUGGGUGAAAUCAUGUUUUCCCUUUGUUAUUUGCCAACUGCUGGACGUAUGACAUUGACAGUCAUCAAGUGCAGAAACCUGAAGGCUAUGGAUAUCACUGGCUCAUCAGAUCCAUAUGUCAAAGUGUCUCUGAUGUGUGAGGGUCGAAGAUUAAAAAAGAAGAAGACAACUACGAAGAAAAACACUCUAAACCCUGUGUACAAUGAGGCAAUUAUUUUCGACAUCCCUCCAGAGAAUGUGGACCAGGUCAGCCUCUCCAUUGCAGUCAUGGAUUAUGAUAGGGUAGGACACAAUGAGGUCAUAGGAGUGUGUAGAACAGGACUGGACGCCGAGGGUCUUGGGCGAGACCACUGGAACGAAAUGUUGACCUAUCACCGAAAACCAAUAACACAUUGGCACCCCUUGCUGGAGUUACCUGGCCGGGCGACCAGUUUUGAUAGUCAAGGAUCCUGUCCAUCUCCCAAGCCAACUUCCACACCAUAA